AUGGAAGACUUUGACGUUAUCAUCGUUGGUGCUGGCAUCUCCGGCAUCAACGCCGCCUACCGGCUCCAGUCUCAAUAUCCCAACUUGCGAUAUGCCAUCUUAGAAGCUCGCAGCAAUCUCGGCGGUACCUGGGAUCUCUUCCGCUACCCGGGUAUCCGCUCCGACUCAGACCUGUUCACCUUCGGAUUCGAGUGGCAUCCCUGGGACCAAGGCUGUCCCAUCGCCGACGGCCGGCUCAUCGUGCAAUACCUGCACAACGCUGCCGAGAAACACGGCAUCGACAAGAAGAUCCGCUACCAGCACCAGCUAUUGGGGGCAGAUUGGUCAUCGGCCGACCAGAAUUGGUCGCUGAGCGUCGACCACGACGGCCAGACGCACUCGCUGACGACGCGAUUCCUGGUCUUCGGCACCGGCUACUACGACUACAACCGGCCGCUGGAGGUCGACAUCCCCAACCUGGAGGCUUUCCAGGGACAGACCAUUCACCCGCAGUUCUGGCCCGAGGACCUCGACUACGCCGACAAGAAGGUGGUCAUCAUCGGUAGCGGUGCCACCGCCAUCACGCUCCUCCCCAAGAUGGCCGAGAAGGCCGAGCAUGUCACGAUGCUGCAGCGCAGUCCCACCUACAUCCUGUCGCUGCCCAACAAACGCCGCCCCUUGCUCAGCUACUUGCUGCCCACCACGUUUUUCCGCCGGCUGCAGCGUGUCAACUGGAUGAUCACCUCGCGCCUAUUCUUCCUUUUCUGCCAAGCCCUCCCCGCCGUGGCCUGUUGGAUUCUCCGCCGCAGAGUCUCCAGCCAGCUGCCUGCCCACAUCCCCUUCGAUCCGCACUUCCGCCCGCGCUAUAACCCCUGGGACCAGCGACUCUGCGUGUCACCCGACGGCGACUUCUUCCAGAGCCUACACACCGGGCGCGCCGGCGUCAAGACCGACACCAUCCGACAAGUCACGCCCACGGGCAUCGAGCUGAACUCGGGCGAGACGCUGGACGCCGAUAUCAUUGUCACGGCGACAGGACUGCGAUUACAGAUCGCCGGUGGGGCAUCGCUGACCGUCGAUGGCAUCCCGCAGCACAUCCCGGAGAAGCACCUGUGGCGCGGCAUGAUGCUGCAGGACGUACCAAACGCUUUGUGCAUCAUCGGCUACACCAACGCCUCGUGGACCCUGGGUGCCGACGCCACCGCGCACUUCCUGGUGCGGCUGGUGCGCGAGCUGGACGAGCGCGGCGCAAAGGCCGCUGUGCCACGACUCGACGGCGCGCAGCGCAAAUCCCUUCAGCCGCGCCGCCUGCUCAAUCUCAAAUCGACGUACGUGACCAGCGCCGAGCGCGAUCUACCCAAGACGGCGGAUCGGGGCCCUUGGGUGCCGCGGGACAAUUAUCUGGACGACAUCAAGUUCGCGAAGAAGGGGCGGAUUGACGAGAGCAUGGAGUUUACGGGGGAGGCGAAGAAGCUGUUGUAG